CUCUUUCUUUCUGCUGUGGGAGACAGGGUCAACUGACCACCCCUGGAAAGCAGCAACAUCAUCCUCCUCCCAUCAACCUGCAGGAAACGAGGCUGCUAUUGGGCUCUGCAGAAAAUGGAGCUGCUGUCAACGCCACACAACAUCAAAAUCACCAACAUUACCUGUGACUCUUUCAAGAUCUGCUGGGACACUGAUGUGAAAGACAGGGAGCGCAUUACACAUUACUUUGUUGACCUCAACAAGAAAGAAAAUAAGGAUUCCAACAAAUUCAAGCACAGGGAUGUCCCUACCAAACUGGUGGCCAAGGCUGUGGCACUACCGAUGACAGUGAGAGGGCACUGGUUCCUGAGCCCCCGCACAGAAUACAGCGUCGCAGUCCAGGUCGCCAUCAAGCAAAGCGAUGGAGAAUACCUUGUGUCUGACUGGAGUGAGGUGGUGGAAUUCUGCACUGGAGAUUAUUCCACUGCCCAUUUGAAACAAUUGCUGGAGAAGGCAGAAGCAAUUGCAGGACGGAUGCUGAGAUUCUCUGUCUUCUAUCGGAACCAGCACGAGGAAUAUUUUGAAUACAUAAGAUUUCCACAUACUUCAAUCCAGGAAAAUUCAAUGGAGACCCCAGAAGACAAAGACGGCUUCAAGCAAGCGAUGAGCUUGAAUCUUGAUGGAAAACUGGAUGGAGCCACAGGAACCUUACCUGGGGCUGUCACAUCCUUUGGUAUCGCAUUCAGCUCCACCACAUGCUGGUGCUCUUGUUGCACUGGGUAA